GGCAGAAUAAACGUGCAAGUAAGAUCUAUUUUAUAAUUUUAACGUAUUUCGGAAUAGGUUUUGUCACGAAACGUACGAAUAACUGGUUUUGGAAACUGGUCUUCCAAAUAUUUUGUGUGGUGUAAACGGGAUUUUCGCUGUGAUCGUUGGCUAUCCAAGGCAGCCGUUCGUGUUGCGAGUUGUAAAGUUAACAGUGUAGAACAAAAUUAUUCAUUUUUCGUUCAUUUCUUUGGCCCAUUUGAGUAUUUAUGAGCCGCAUUUCGACGCAACAAAUUCAAGUUUAGAUUCGGACGAUGGAGUGUAGUUUUGCAUCGCAUAGAAACCCAAGAGCAAGUUGAAUUAAAAGGGAAUGAGUGUCGCUAGUAAGUGGAGGAGCUUAGAACGCUUCGUCUAUGGCAGAUCCAGCUAACACACUCGCUGCUGCCAGCACUAGCCGCCGCAAGCGUGUGCUGCCAACGCAGCCACGUUCAGAGGCUAAGCGCCUCCGAACCUCCUCGCAAGAAGAAAGCAAACAUUCAGACAAAAGUACGACCACAUCCCAAGCAUCGCAUAAGGUUAAAAACUCAAGGUCGGGUCCUUCUAAAAGGAAGAAUCUUGAAAAAUCUGACCAUUUAUCGAGAUCAAAAUCGCAAUUCGAAAUACCUUCGACAUCUUCGGGAGUGCGUAAAGUUUCACCUUCGUCAACAACAAAUUCGAAAUCGAGGAAGCACUCUAAAAGCGAUUCAGAACAAUCUCCCAGUUCGGACAGUGAACCGAAACAGAAAAAAUAUACUAAACAUAAUAUAGACGUUAACUAUAGAAAAGAUCAUUUAGAAUUAGGCUUAAGAAAUAACAACACGGAUCCUCCUAACUCCUUAAAUAAUAGCUGUACAGAUUUAACUAAAACUAAGAGGAAACACAGAAAAGGUUCCAGUUCCCGAAUCAAUUCCAAAGAUACGCAAAAAGAGGAAAAAAGCAAACCUUCGAGUGCUAACAACGUUAACAAGAACCAUUUAGAUUGUAAUACAAAAGACAAACCGGAAAAAGGCAAGAGGUCCGAUAAAAACAAAGGAAACUUGAAUUGUAACAUUUCUCUACAAGACACUUUAGAAGCUGGUUCGUCUACUUCUAAUUCGACUUACACACAAGGUCACAAAUACCCUUUAAGAAGUCACAGUAAGAUUCCCACGAGAGUUCACACUAGCAAUUCGAUUCCUCUGUCAAAAAAGAUUUCACAAGAACAAGGAAAAAAGAAACAUUUAGCACUGGGGGCGAGCAGCAGUCAACCAACUACAAGGGACAUUCAGGAGCCCUCUCGCCUCACACGCAGUGGAGCAGUGUUGAGGCGUAGCACACGGACUAGCAAAGGGCACAGCUCAACAACGGGUUCGUGUGCAAGUUCUAGUGGCGCUAGUGGCAGCGGCAGCGGCUCGAGAAGGGCAGUGAGGCAGCAAAAGGUUGGGUCGGCAGCACCACCGGCACUCCUCUCAGCCCCUGCUACCCAAGCUGCCGCAGCCAUGGCCGCUGAUCAACCGGAAAUGCCCAAUAACGGACUUUCUGCUUCUGAAGAACCUCCGUCUCCACAAGAAGCUACACAAGCCGUUCCGGCCAGCGGCGGCCCCUCGGGACCCGGAGCCGAUUCCGAAAGCGAUGACAGCGAAGUGGGAAGACUGCAGGCAUUACUCGAGGCUAGAGGUUUACCUCCACAUCUCUUUGGGGCCCUCGGACCGAGAAUGCAGCAGAUGCUGCACAGGAGCAUGGGAACUAACAGCUCUGUUGCAAGAGCUCAAGCCUUAAUACCCGGUUUACAAGCGACAGGAGAUGAAGGCCAACAAUUACAAGCUGUAAUAGAAAUGUGCCAAGUUUUAGUAAUGGGUAACGAAGAAAUUUUAACCGGAUUUCCUGUUAAACAAGUCGUUCCGGCGCUUAUAACGUUGCUCGGAAUGGAACACAAUUUUGAUAUUAUGAACCAUGCGUGCAGAGCAUUAACAUACAUGAUGGAAGCAUUGCCUCGGUCGUCAGCUGUAGUAGUGGAUGCAGUACCUGUAUUUUUGGAAAAAUUACAAGUGAUUCAAUGUAUGGAUGUAGCAGAACAGUCUCUUACAGCUCUCGAUAUGCUAUCCAGAAGACAUUCAAAAGCAAUACUUCAAGCGAGGGGAGUCUCGGCGUGUCUAAUGUACUUGGAUUUUUUUUCGAUAAGCGCCCAACGUAACGCUUUAUCCAUCACGGCGAAUUGCUGUUUGAGUCUAAAUUCCGAAGAAUUUCAAUACGUUCAAGAAUCCCUGUCGCUUCUCGCCUCUCGGCUCUCGCAACAAGAUAAAAAGUGCGUCGAAAGCGUCUGUUUGGCAUUCUCUCGUCUCGUAGAUAGUUUUCAAUUGGAACCGUCCCGUUUACAAGAAAUAGCCAGCACGGAGUUACUUACGAACCUUCAACAAUUAUUAGUCGUAACACCGCCUAUCGUCAGCACGGGAACGUUUAUCACCGUGUUGAGAAUGUUGUCUGUGAUGUGCGCCAACUGUCCCGAUCUCGCUUUGACGCUCUUAAAACAGAACAUCGCCGAGACGUUGCUUUAUUUACUGACUGGAUCUGCUGAAGUCAAUCAGGAUGAUAUCGAAUUAAUUCCAAGGCAACCACAGGAACAAUUUGAAAUUACAGCUCUGAUAGGCGAAUUAAUGCCUAAAUUACCGACAGACGGAAUAUUCGCUGUAGACAGUUUUUUAGAACGUCCUUCUACCGUUUCGAAGGAUCAGCCGAUUUGGCAAUGGAGGGACGAUCGCGGUCUGUGGCAUCCGUACGGAGCAGUGGACAGCAGAAUUAUUGAAGCUUCGCACAUGAACAGCGACGACGAAGUCAGUUUGAAUACUUUGGGCAGAAUUUACACGAUCGAUUUUCAUUCAAUGCAACAAAUUAAUGAAGAUACAGGCACUUCCAGACCAGUUCAGCGACGCUUUACACCCACCAACGUACAGAGUAGCCCCGUCGAACCCACACAGGCUCCCAGUAGGCCUCUUAGCGCCAGCCGAGACGCUCGAGUUGCUUGUCUGAGGGAAGAGCGAGGUUUGGCCGCGGCUUUCAUUCGUUCGCUGUUUUCGGUUCUAUACGAAGUAUAUUCUUCGAGUGCAGGUCCCGCUGUUAGAUUUAAAUGCCUCAGAGCUCUUCUACGAAUGGUGUAUUACGCAAAUCCCGAAUUACUAAGGGAUGUUUUGAAGAAUCAAGUCGUUAGUAGCCAUAUUGCAGGUAUGAUGGCAUCCAGCGAUCUGAGAAUAGUAGUGGGAGCAUUACAGAUGGCCGAAAUAUUAAUGAACAAGUUACCAGAAGAAUUUGAAGUACAUUUUAGAAGGGAAGGCGUCCUACAUCAAAUUAAUAGAUUAGCCGAUCCAGAGGUACCGCUAGGAGUGAGCCCGCCUAAAGCAAACAGCAUAACUUCGUUUUCGUCGAGUUUAAGUGAAUCACAGCCUGGAACAUCACAGUCAUCAGCCAACACUACAUUGCAAACGGCCAAUGGUUCGGCUGUGUUGACUACUCCCGUUUCUUCAUUUUGUGCGUCUUCGCCUGAUUCGCAACGAUUACAGGACUCGGAAACUAGAUCGCCUAGUCCAUCUCACGUUCGUCUCAGCGAUGUUCUGAAAAGAAAAAGAGCGGCUAAACGGGCAAGUGGGUCUAGCAGAUCUAAAUCUAAACAUGAAGAGAUGCCCCUAUCACCAUCCCUCAUGCAAGAUCUAUUUACCAAAGCUGCUUCUAUAGGAAAUUCUGCUACAAGUAAUACAAGACCCAGAUAUUCCGGUUCAAGUUCAAAAACGAGCUUUCUACAAAGUUUAAAUCCUGCUAGAUGGGGAAGGAAUAUGAAUUCUUCUCACGACAGAAAUUAUAGCAAGGACUCUUUGAACAAUUUGUCCAAAUCAGCAUCUAAUUCCCACAUUACAGCUGGCAAUAGAGAGAAGACGAGAACUUGGAUAAGGGAGCAAGCUUCCAAAUUUAUAGAAAUCUAUUCAAGCACUGAUGACGAUCCUCAUCCUGCCACAACAGUCAUAACCCGUUUGAAACUGGCUAUUGAUAAACUUUCAACUACUUCUUGUCGCGAAGCGCUGCUGGAUCUAAGAGAAAUUUUGAUGGAAUCUGACAUAUCGCCUUUUGAAGUGAAUUAUUCGGGUCUCAUAAAGGCGCUGCUGUCCUAUUUAGCGGACGUAAACGGACCAUUUGAUAGAGAACAAAGACUUAGAAUACUGUUAAACGUUUUUGCCGAUUGUCCGCUUAAUGGCGACACAAAGGAAAUAUCGCAAUUGAAUUCUACUUGGAUGGCAGCGCUGGUCGCUAAGCUCAACGGUUGUGUCUCGCAAUUGGAGCAAUUUCCAGUGAAAGUUCACGAUUUACCGGCUAGUUCAGGAGCCGGCAGAGGUGGUACUAGUGCUUUAAAGUUCUUCAAUACCCAUCAGUUAAAGUGCAAUCUUCAAAGACAUCCAGAAUGUUCAAAUUUAAAGCAAUGGAAAGGGGGUACAGUUAAAAUCGAUCCUUUAGCUUUAGUUCAAGCAAUAGAACGUUACUUAGUAGUAAGAGGAUAUGGUAGACUCAGAGAUAAAGAUAUCAUUGACAGCGAUGAGGCUGAUACAGACGAUGAUAUAGAUGAUACUUUAGCCGGUGUUGUAAUAUCACAAACCGGUACUAGGCAUAAGUUGCAAUUUCUUAUAGGCAACAACGUGCUGCCUUACAACAUGACUGUUUAUCAGGCUGUGAGACAAUUUAGCAACAACGGGAACGACCAGAGUGAGACUGAUACUGAUAAUGAAACCCCUUUAGGUAAUGCCGGUAUUUGGGUCCAAACGCACGUUAUCUACUACAGACCAUUGAAAGAAGAACCAUCGGCAACUACAAAAGGUAGUAGCGGAACCUCAAAUCAUUCUAGUAGAAAAGGUAAAGGUUCUUCUGGAAAAAAUACUUCGAGACGUAAAGUUGAUGAGUUGUGGAACGAAGGUUCAACACCUCUUCCCCAAUCGCCUUUGGAUCCAUUCCUUGUUACUCAAUUCCCCGACACAGUUACCAUACAAGACGCAUCAUUGGAAGUGUUGUGCCUCCUUCGAAUCAUAAAUGCUCUCAAUCUCUAUUGGACUUAUUUAUAUCCUAGUGUUGAAUAUAAGUACAUUUUACCACCUUCGGAAUUUUUGAACAGUAAAAUAGCUGCUAAGGCUAGUCGACAAUUACAAGACCCUCUAGUCAUUAUGACGGGUAACUUACCCAAUUGGUUACAGCAAAUCGCUUCUGUGUGUCCUUUUUUGUUUCCUUUCGAAACUCGUCAGUUACUUUUCUACGCUACAUCAUUUGACAGAGAUCGUGCCUUACAGAGAUUGCUCGAUAUGUCUCCCGAACUUAGUUCGAGUGAUUCUCAAGAACGAGUUACGCCAAGACUGGACAGACGAAAACGCACUAUAUCCCGUGAAGAUAUACUCAAACAAGCCGAACAAGUGAUGCAAGAUUUGGCUUCAUCGAAAGCUUUACUUGAAGUGGAAUACGAAAAUGAAGUUGGAACCGGUCUAGGACCGACGCUGGAGUUCUACGCUUUAGUUUCCAAAGAACUGCAAAAAUCUAAUUUGGAGUUGUGGAAUUCUCCGAGCACCAGUGAUAAUGAGUACGUAAACAAUCCAUCGGGACUGUUCCCGGUACCGUUAGCGAGAGGAGCAAAAGUUAGUCAGCUUACGAAAAUCAAGAGCAAGUUUAGGUUUUUGGGCAAAUUUAUGGCAAAGGCAGUUAUGGAUUCGAGAAUGCUGGAUCUUCCAUUUUCUACAACUUUUUACCGUUGGUUAUUGGGCCAAGAACUUUGUUUUACUCUUUCUGAUCUUAAACAGGUCAAUCCAGAUUUGCACAAGACGUUGAGAAGAAUGUAUUUUAUUGUUAAAGAGCGGGAUGAUAUUCUCAUGAAUGAAGACUUGAGUCAAGAACAACAAAUAAUAGAAGUGGAAAAAAUUGAAUUCGACGGUUGCUCCAUUGAAGAUUUGGGAUUAGAUUUUGUAGUACCUGGAUACAACGUAGAAUUAAUGAAAAACGGAAAAUCAAUUCAUGUCACAAUCCACAAUCUUCACUUGUACAUUAAAUUGUUGACCCAUUGGAUCCUCUAUGAAGGCGUUGUGAGGCAAAUGGAAUCGUUAAAGGAAGGAUUCGAAUCGGUUUUCCCAUUACACAAUUUGAAAGUAUUUCAACCGGAAGAAUUGGAAGCCGUAUUUUGCGGUAGUCCCAAAGAUUUCAUCUCGGGAUGGGACGUGAAAACGUUGAUGGAAUGCUGCAGACCAGACCACGGUUAUACCGCCGAUUCCCGGGCUAUUAAAUUUUUAUUUGAAGUGCUUAGUUCAUAUGACAGAGAGGAACAAAGAAUGUUUGUACAAUUUUUAACCGGCAGUCCCAGACUGCCUGUAGGAGGUUUUAAAGCAUUGUCGCCUCCAUUGACUGUUGUAAGAAAGACUCUAGAAACAAAUAUGAAUCCCGAUGAUUUCCUUCCUUCUGUGAUGACAUGUGUAAACUACCUCAAACUACCGGAUUAUUCUAGUAUCGAAGUAAUGAGAGAAAAGUUAAGAUUAGCAGCUUCUGAGGGACAACUUUCAUUUUACCUUUCAUAAGGUUUUUUUACUGUAUUCAAAAAAAUUUUAAAAUGUAAUAUCACGUAACAAAGUGAAUAAUCUAAAUCUCACUUAGUGGGGCAACGUCUCAAUUUUUAUAAAGCUGUAUAAUUUAUUAUUGAAAGAAUUUAACUUUUAUUUCUGAUAGUGUUUUUUUUAUUUUACAAUAUGUGUAAUAAUUUGAACGCAGUAAAUAUUUGUUUUGAAUGAGUAUUUUGACUGAAGCGUACAGUGGACACAAGUGUACAGUGAUAGUGUCGCAACGAACAAUUUAUUAAAUUGCUAAUCUCUGCAUUAUUGCCAAAUGUAUAGUAUACCGAGCCAAAAGUAUUUGGCGCAGUUUUAUUCUCAAGUAACAAAAUUGUAGUUAUAAUUUAAAAUAUUUCAAUAAAUUUGUAUACAUAA